AUGGGUUGCGGAAUGAGCACAGAGGAGAAGGAGGGCAAGGCCCGGAACGAGGAGAUUGAGAACCAGUUGAAGAGGGAUCGGAUGCAGCAGCGCAACGAGAUCAAAAUGUUGCUUCUGGGUGCUGGUGAAUCCGGAAAGUCAACUAUUUUGAAGCAGAUGAAGCUGAUCCAUGAGGGCGGCUACUCGCGCGACGAGCGCGAGUCCUUCAAGGAGAUCAUCUUCAGCAACACUGUCCAGUCGAUGCGCGUCAUUCUCGAGGCGAUGGAGUCAUUGGAGUUGCCAUUGGCCGAUGCCCGCAUGGAGUACCACGUCCAGACCAUCUUCAUGCAACCAGCUCAGAUUGAGGGAGAUGUCCUCCCCCCAGAGGUUGGCAAUGCCAUUGAGGCUUUGUGGAGAGAUGCCGGUGUCCAGAGCUGCUUCAAGCGCUCAAGAGAGUAUCAGCUCAACGACUCUGCCAGAUACUACUUUGACAACAUCGCUCGUAUCGCCGCCCCCGACUACAUGCCCAACGACCAAGAUGUCCUUCGGUCCCGUGUCAAGACUACUGGUAUCACGGAGACGACUUUCAUUAUUGGUGAGCUCACGUAUAGGAUGUUCGAUGUCGGCGGUCAAAGAUCAGAACGUAAGAAGUGGAUUCACUGCUUCGAGAACGUCACGACCAUCCUGUUCCUCGUCGCUAUCUCCGAGUACGAUCAGCUCCUGUUUGAGGAUGAGACGGUCAACCGCAUGCAAGAAGCUCUCACGCUCUUCGACUCCAUCUGCAACUCCAGGUGGUUCAUCAAGACCUCGAUCAUUCUCUUCCUCAACAAGAUCGACAGGUUUAAGGAGAAGCUCCCUGUCAGCCCAAUGAAGAACUACUUCCCCGACUACGAGGGUGGUGAUGACUACGGCCAGGCUUGCGACUACAUCCUCAACCGUUUCGUGUCCCUGAACCAGCACGAGAGCAAGCAGAUCUACACACAUUUUACUUGCGCCACGGACACAACGCAAAUCCGCUUCGUGAUGGCUGCUGUGAAUGAUAUCAUCAUCCAGGAGAACCUCCGCCUCUGCGGUCUCAUCUGA